UGCUGCAGCCAAGUUGCUUUGUCGGCCUGCAGGGACUUUCUGGCAGUCUGUGAACAGAACCGAGCCGGUGCCCGUAAUGGUGGGAGCCAUCCCCCGGCAGCCGCGCCGCUUCCGGGGAGUGCCGGGGUGGCAGGUGUCCCCAGCGAGCUUCCCCAGUCACCGCUGGCUGCUGGAGCAGGAGAGCACGCCCGCCGGCGGACGGGACCCAGUGCAGAGGGAUGUGGUCCUGCAGCCCACUUCCUAGCGGGGGACGUGGCGGGACACCCUGACUGCACGGCCUUUUAGAGCCUGUCCUCGCCCAGCCCCAUGAGGCACAUACAUGCUGAGUCCGGCCUCCCCCACGAACAAAGCACAGGAGUGGGCCAGGAGCAGCAGCAGCAGGAGGAAGAUGAAGAGGAGGAGGAGGAGGAGGAGGAGCAGCAGCCGCAGCAGCCACCGCCCUGGCAACCUCACAGCGUCCAGAUGGGCUGCAGCCCACCAGAGCCAGGGAGCCAGAAGGUCUACCAGGUCUCCAUCUUUUCUCCCCGGAGCAGCGGCUCCCCCUUCUCGGAGCAGAAGGGCCCACGGCAGCAGCCCGUCAAGCGGAGUUGCCCAGAGCCCCGGCGGACGGCCGAGGGUGGCGAGUGGGAUGCCAAGAGGGGCUGCUGGGGGGAGGAGGAGGCAGCCAUUGAGGAUGGACUGUUAGUGGAUGAGCUGGCCCUGGGGGGGGCCGCUCAGCACUUCUCCCACAGCGGCCUCCGGGUAGUGGAGCACUGACAAGAGGCUGGUUCCGGCCACCGCAGAGGCUGGGAGUCCAGACGUGCCGAGGGCCGAGGGGGGCCCCUGCCGGCGCCACGCAGGCUUCGCACCACUCUGCACAUAAGAGACUCUGCCCCUGUCCUGUGGGGGGACCAGCCUGCCAUGGACUCCAGGCAAGAAGAGAAUGGGGGCCCGCUGGAGAAGCAGGUUGGUGGCCACUGUUCCCCACACGAUCACGAUUUGCACAGCCCUGUGCCCCGGUCCCCACCAGGGCAGCCGUCCCCAGAGGCCCACGUGCCCAACACUCCACCUGAGGCCCGGAGCCUGAGUGCCAACGGGCUUUGCUCUGCCGAGAAGACACCGUGCUCCAGCAGCCAGAUAUCUGGGGGCAGCCCUGCCAGCUGUCCAGCCAAGAGGAAGCUGCUGCCCUCGGUUGAAGGGAGGGCAGCUGCUGGCUCAGAGGAAGAGAGCCUCCCACCUGCCCGCAAAAAGAGGGCCCUGCGUUCUCCCACAGUGCCAGCCUCCUGCCGCAGCACCGAUGCCAAGGGUGCCCCAUUCUGGAAUCACCUGCUUCCUGCAGCCAAGGGCUCAGCAAACAGCAGGACUGGCGCUUCUCAGUUGAAAGCUGGGCUGCAUCUCAAACCGAGGAGGCAGCUGCGCAGCAGCCCGGGGAGGGCUCUUGUGGGCAGUCGGUCCCCCACCACCUCCACCAGCCACGCCCUUCUGGGGAAUUUUGAGGAGUCAAUGCUGAAGGGGCGCUUUCCACCCUCUGGCCGGAUUGAAGGCUUCACCGCAGAGAUUGGGGCCAGCGGAUCCUAUUGCCCACAGCACGCCACCCUGCCCGUGGAGGUCACCUACUUUGACAUAGCCGAGCACAACGCCCCCUCGCCGUUCCUGGGAGUCAUUGAUUUGGAAGCCUUGGGAAAAAAGGGUUACAGCAUCCCCAAAACGGGCACCAUCCAAGUGACCUUAUUCAACCCCAAUAAGACGGUGGUAAAGAUGUUUCUGGUGACCUAUGACUUCCAUGACAUGCCUGCCAAUCACGUCACCUUCCUGCGCCAUCGCAUCUUUCUGGUGCCCGUGGGUGAGGAGCAGGGCUCCGGCUUGGAUCUGGCAGAGCCGCCCAAGCGGGUUCUUUGCUACCUGAUGCACCUGAGGUUCCACAGUUCCAAGUCGGGGAAGAUAUACCUGCACGACAACAUCCGGCUGCUCUUCUCACGCAAGUCGAUCGAGAUGGACUCUGGCAUCCCUUACGAGCUGAAGUCUUUCACAGAACUGCCGCACAACCCCUGCUAUUCCCCACGGGCUUGAAGGAGGGAGUGGGAGGGCAGCACUUUGCCCAAGGGGCUGGGGGGCUGGGGUGGGGAGGGCUGUUCCUUGCCCAGAGCUGUUUCACUCAUUGGAGCCAGCCCAGCCGGGAUCACAAAUGCAGUGCGUCUCAACCUCUCGUUCUGGUGGCUGGUGCAAUUUUGCUGGGGCCCAGAGGGUGCAGGAGGCUGGGGAGAAAGGGAAGAAGGGGGCAGGUUUUGAUAGGGGAUGGGCUCCUGCUGGCUUUGGGAGGUAGGCAGGGCGCCACAGGUAUUUGGGUUGCGCAGAGGUGUGCGCAGAACUGGGAUGUGGCUGAGGGUCUUGUGGCUGUGCCUGGCCUUUGCCUCCAGGACCUUCAUGGGGGUGGUGCUCCUUUUAGGGAUCUGCUUGGAUCACUGGGCAGGAGGGGCAUGGAGCCCCCUCCAAGCUACCAUGGAGCUAUGGAGAAGGGAGACAAAUGAGGAUCCGAGGACAGGAGUGCAUGGGGGAACAGACCAAGCGUAGCUGCACCCCUUCCCCAGGAAGCCAUGAAAGCUGCAACGCCCUGAGGGGAGCCUUUCCUCCUGGCCGCUGCUGCCAGCCCCCCCCCCUCCUCUGCACCUGGGCCAGCUGUACAAGACCAGGUCCUUGGGGCCACCUGGGGAGGUCUAUGCUGCCUUCCAACCCCCAGCUCUGGUCCAUACACUCCGCAUGUGUGUGACCAAAGAAUUCAGACAGUUGGUCUCUGGAGGCAUUGGGCAGUGUUUGUGAAUCGGUGUAAGUUUUUGCUUCGUCUGUGACUUGACCUGUCACCACCACCACCUCGGUGUUUCUGCUAAGGGCAGGAAUGGGGCCAAAGGAGCUGGAGAUGGUAAGGCAGGAGUGAGGCUGUUUAGGGUGGCUUUUAGUCUGUCCCACUUUUAGCUGCACCAGUUUAGAAGAGAAAAAGCCUUGCCAUGAAGCCCAGGCCUCUUGAGGGACAGCUCUGCUCCCUGUUGCCCCAAGCAUUGUGUUUCCAGCGUCAUUUUGAUUUGGGUUGCAGCGCCUACAUUCUCUCAAGAGGAAGCAGGUGUCACAAAAGGGGAUAAAAUUACAGAGACUUGAAAAUAUUUAUAUUUAAAAGGAGAGAAAGAGAGACAGGCAGAAAUGUAUCUAAUACUUUCUCCUUC